ACGAGGCUAUCGUCGUUAUUGAAAACGGCGGAGGAUUUACACAUCAAGGGACUUGCCGAGGUGAGCUGGCGCAACGAUACCGCGCCAAACGACUUGAACAACACCGGUCACAGUCCUGGAGCAGCGACCCCCGGCGUCGAGACGGUCCUGCGAGAGGGCGAGACCGAAGAGCCGCCAGCUCCGAAGCAAAGACGCAGAGGUCGUCCGCCUCUGGACGACCCCCCCUCGGCACACGACGUUUUCACACCGAAAAUCACAUGCAUCACGGAAACGAGGAGAUGAUGAGCGAGGGCGGCGAUCAUGAGAGUUGGGACGACGAGAUGAUGAUGAACGAGACUAACGAAACGCCACUGCCGGUGUUGUCCUACAUGUCCAAGGAUGAUAGUACAUCCGACCAGGAAAAGAAAGCGCCUAGCACUCCAUCAAAUUCCAACGCCGCGAAUCUGUCCAUCCCCGAACAAUUCCGGGACGUGGUGAAGAUGAACGAUUAUCUGACGACAGGACGGCGGCAGGAGUUUUGGGAGGAACCAUUCACGCGACGCGUUAUGGACGCGAUCAAGAGCAAGGAACUAGAGAUGAAGACUGCCGCCGAGAUUCUCGGCGUCUCUUACGGCACCCUCUACGGCAGAUACCGCGACAGUUAUGGUUGCCUUAAACAUCCUUACAGAGUAAGGGAUUUUUGGUCUGAACCAGGCCCCGCUGAAGUGUUAGCGAAACUACGGCGGAAAGAAAUUACUUUGUUCCGGGCCGCAGAGUUCCUCAACGUGACCGUCCACACGCUCGCGACAUAUCUGUCGACCUUGCAGGGUCCAGACAGGAUCUCGCUGGCAGGCGAUCUGGCAUCCGGCGGCAAUAUCGACGGCAGUGGCGGCAACAACGCGACGACGACGGAGCCGGUGACGACGGAGAACAACGAGUCCGUGAACGACAUACUGCAGAAGAUUAACGCGAACACGGCGACCACGACGACGACGUCGAUCAAGCGCGAGGGCGGCGGUUACAUCGAGGUGCCGGCAACGGUGACGAAAGCCGCGACGUCCAUGCUGGAGAACAAUCCGGACAUCACGAUCGUCAAGUCGGAGAAUACGCCGCGCAAGCGCGAUUACGCGAAAAUAUCGAAUACGGAAAAUAACAACGCGAAGCUGAUGAGCGGCGGUGCCGUCAGCGAGGUCAGUCAACAGCAGCAGCAGCAACAGCAGCAGCAAAAACUCGCUGACCCAUUGUCGUUGAACAACGACAAUAGUAAACCCUAACUAUUCAGACCAUACUUAACACCCACGGCGAAUCACCAUCACCACCAUCAUCCUCGUAGUGCAACGCCGAGCAGUACCAGUUACAGGUCGGAUCUGCAGUGUCCGCGCAGUUUCUACUCUAACGUGUUUACGCGCUUUCUCACGAAUUUUCAUUUGAAAUAGGUAGGAAGAGACUCGUUGCUGCUCUUGCGAAAAAAAAGAGAGCAGCCUCAGACAAUCUCGCGCGUGAUCGAUUGCGAUUGAUCGGUGGCGGGUCGCGAUUAGUGUCGGAAUUGUAAAAACUUGAAAAGGCGAGUGCAUUUCGUAAAAGCUGCUUAUCAGUUGUAAAACAAUAAGCUCAUACACUUUGUCACGUCUUUGAGUCGAUUUCCGUGGACACGAUCAUGACCCCGCCACGUAUUUUUCGCAUGUAUUAACGUAAAAAUCGUAUUAUAAUGUUGCGAAAUCUAUUCCCGAGAAGUUAACGCUCACAAUCAAUAACCCGAGUUGAGCUGCGAAAACAUCUACUUUUGUUUUAUGGUAUUGAGACAAAUGUGAAAUAUAAACUUUCGUUUUAUCUUCA